CGCGCCUAAAAGCUAACAACACAAAACGGACUCAUUAACGAGAUAGUACACAGUAAAAGCGCCAAGGAAUUAUGAAUUUCAUUGGUGGUGAUGGCGGUGACGAUGCCGACGAUAAGGAAAAGGCAGAGGAGGAGGAGAGAGAGCGUCAGGAGGCCAUACGCGAGGCUGAAGAACGACGAAAGGAGAAGCACCGUAAAAUGGAAGAGGAGCGUGAAAAGAUGAGGCAGGAAAUUCGUGAUAAGUAUAAUAUCAAGAAAAAGGAGGAAAUUGUUGAAGCCGCGCCGCAGGAGGAACCAAAUCCAUUGAUGCGAAAGAAAAAGACUCCCGAAGAGUUGGCAGCUGAAGCUGAGCAAGAAGAGUUGGAUGAUUUUACAAAACUGAAAAAUCAAAUAGAAACGCAAGUAAAUGAGCUAAAAACUCAAAUAGAGGGAAAAUGUGUCAUGCAGUGAUAUGUCAUCAUAUAAUUAUAUAAAAUGUUAUAAAUCAAUAAUAAAAAAAGU